AUGGCAACGAACAAUAAUCCCAUCCCCGACGAUGGGCUGACCCUAGUAUACGACGCUUGUGAAGACGCUCAAGUCGAGUCGGAAGAACGGCCGAUUUUCUUCAUCGCACACUCACUUGGAGGCCUAGUGUGCGCCAACGGCCUUUCUCGCCGCUCCGGCCCAGAUGACUCGAGUCAAAAGGUAAUCGACAAUACAUGCGGCAUGAUCUUCCUCGGCACCCCUUUCCAGGGGUCUAGUGCUGUGACCUGGGCAAAACUGGGGGAGAAGUUCUUCCGGCUGUUUGGCGAUAGCAGUGAUCAAACAAUCAAGGAUCUCGACAAAGAUUCCAUCAAGCUAAAGGACAUUAGCCGCGACUUCCAUUUACUCCUUCGGGAGCGUUGCGAACCAAAAGCCUCAAAACCAAUACAGGUGGCAUGCUUCGUUGAAACGAAGUCGACGAUAGUGAAGGGGCCGCUUGGGAAGAAGGACCUAGGCCGGAUCGUGGAAGCAGAAUCCGCAACGCUAGCCGGAUAUCGCCCAAUUCCAAUCAAUGCUGAUCAUCGCAGCAUGUGUAAAUUCACGGAUGAAGAGACGACUGGAUAUAUUGACCUUACCGGAACACUGAAGAGCAUGAUCGCAAAUGUGGAUAAGGACACUGAUCAAUUUAAGGCGCAGCCGACAGGUAUCAGUCUCGGAGAUGUUCGCCAUGGCGAUUAUGGCGUCAACUACGGGAUAGUUUCUGGACAUGUAGUGGGGACUACCCGGGAUGCAGUUAAUCAGACCGUUCAACACACCUUCAAUAAUUUCGGUGAAGGCUCAGGUGCCGAGAAGGCAAUUGCGGCGUUUGUAGAGAGGCAGAGAAGGAAGGACAAUGACUAG